CUUGGCGCGUCUUCGGCGGCUUGGCUGUCUACCUUCGGGGACUCGGGCCAUAGGUCACUGCUGCCCGCGGUCGCCAGCCAAAUUCAGCCGCAGGCCUUGAAACGCCCCGGUGUCUCUCUCGAGGUGUAGCGCGGGGCUCAUGGAGAAGGGCCCGGUACCGCAGGAGAAGCCGCGGGGCACCAGGUGCACCAAUGGGUUCCGGGAGCGGGAGCCGUCGCGGCCUGGGUCCAGCCGGCCGCUGGCCGAGAGAUCCCCGCGGAUCCCCGCCACCAAGAGUUCCCAGCCCGCCGACGACUGGAAGAGGGAGCGGCCCCGUAGCGAGGAGGACAACGAGCUGAACCUCCCCAACCUGGCGGCCGCCUACUCGUCCAUCCUGCGCUCGCUGGGCGAGGAUCCCCAGCGGCAGGGGCUGCUCAAGACGCCCUGGAGGGCGGCCACCGCCAUGCAGUUCUUCACCAAGGGCUACCAAGAGACCAUCUCAGAUGUCCUAAACGAUGCCAUAUUUGAUGAGGACCAUGACGAGAUGGUGAUUGUGAAGGAUAUAGAUAUGUUUUCCAUGUGUGAACAUCAUCUGGUUCCGUUUGUUGGAAGGGUCCAUAUUGGUUAUCUUCCCAACAAGCAAGUCCUUGGCCUCAGCAAACUUGCAAGGAUUGUAGAAAUCUACAGUAGGAGGCUACAAGUGCAAGAGCGCCUCACAAAACAAAUCGCUGUCGCCAUCACAGAAGCCUUGCAGCCGGCUGGAGUUGGGGUGGUGGUUGAAGCAACUCAAAUAAAAAUAAUUAACGAAGGGGUGAACCCUCUACUUUCUUCUUGCCACCUUUUAGUGGCAAUGUUAAACUGCCAAUAAUAAGUUCUGUGCACAAACCACUGUCAUUCAGAAAACUCUAAAGGUGCAGGCAAAGAGGAGAAUCUCUGUAUUUGGUUGAUAUUGUUUAAUAAUUUGUGUGAUCAGCAUGGGAGCAUUGGACAUGGAUGAGAAGUGUAGGCUUUUCCUCUUCCCACAGAAAUAGUACCAAGCCAGAAGAGCUUAAGUAAUGUAUGUGCAGGUGGUAUAUCGCUCCAUGAAUACAAAGUCCCGCAGGCUCCGCUUUCACUGUGUUGAUGAAACCUCCAGUGGCAUUUUAUUUUGUUUAAUCAUUCCCUUGUAAUGUUAGUCUUUGAGGGAAGGUGAUGGAAUAUCCACAUUUUUUAAAUCUUUA